UUGUACCCGAGUUGUUGAUCUUCAAUAUGUCGGAGACUGCUCCUGCCGCUCCUGCUGCCGCACCCUCGGUGGAAAAGGCUCCGGUAAAGAAGAAGGCGACCAAAAAGCCUGCCGGGGCGCGCCGCAAGGCGUCCGGCCCGCCGGUAUCAGAGCUCAUCACCAAGGCAGUGGCCGCUUCCAAAGAGCGCAGCGGUGUGUCUUUGGCUGCGCUCAAGAAGGCCUUGGCGGCUGUUGGCUAUGACGUGGAGAAGAACAACAGUCGUAUCAAGCUUGGUCUCAAGAGUCUAGUAAGCAAAGGUACUCUGGUGCAAACCAAGGGCACUGGCGCUUCUGGCUCUUUCAAACUCAACAAGAAGGCGGCUGCUGGGGAAGCUAAACCUAAAGCAAAGAAGGCGGGCGCAGCCAAGCCCAAGAAACCCGCUGGGGCAGCCAAGAAGCCCAAGAAAGCUACUGGAGCUGCCACCCCGAAAAAGAGUGCCAAGAAGACUCCAAAGAAGGCAAAGAAGCCAGCGGCAGCUGCUGUGACCAAGAAAGUCGCCAAGAGUCCGAAGAAGGCUAAGGUUGCCAAGCCCAAGAAGGCAGCGAAGAGUGCAGCUAAGACCGUGAAGCCCAAGGCUGCCAAACCCAAGGUUGUCAAGCCUAAGAAGGCGGCACCCAAGAAGAAGUAGGCUGAACGUCUGCUUCUAAAACCCAAAAGGCUCUUUUCAGAGCCACCACUGACCUCAAAAAGAGCUCAACAUGUAUCUGCUAGAGGUACAAAUGUACGGGAGUAAGGAUUACAGUUUAUACUGUAAUCAGGCGGGAGGAAAUAGCUGGAGGGAGGUUACAUAAGGCGUUAACCCACCCCUAGGAGAUAUCCCGUGCUUGGCUAUUACGUACUCUGCGUAUCCUGGUCAGCUGUUCGGAGUCGUUUUCCGCUGGCUGCUGUACCUUGGAUAGCCGCCAGUACCGCCCCGGGCCUGUGAACUGCAAAGAAGUACAAAACAAGCUCUAAGUCCUAAAGGGUAUUCUAUUGGACUAGAAAGUAAUUUAAAAGUCCCGCCCUGCUCUCCGAUUGGCUCACUUUUCCAGCAGAGGACCUUAUCUCUAAAUUUAUUUCGGUGGUGGUGUUUAUUCUCCUAUGCUUUGGCUUCAGUGGAGCUUAAAGUUUGGCCUUUUCCGCCUGAAAAGAAAUGGAUCUAAUAUUGGGAUAGUUGGUAUUUUAUCCUCAGUUGACGUGGGAGUGUUGGUAACGUUCAGCCCUGGGUCAGUGGGUGCAGGUGUCUUUGUUCAUUUCUUUGCCGGUAAUUCCCGAUAGCUUUGGCAACAAAGCAUCGCUUGUUAAAAGCAGCUACAGCAGCUGCACCAACUCUCCCUUCCUCCCAGGACAAUGGUGGACCAGUAUAUUUUUCUUUCUCGUUAUCCUGCACUCCGAAAAGAAGCGAUGGAUUUGAGCGCAUCAAAAGCACAACUUUCAGCCAGCCAUUUUGUCUUCCCAUGACAGGUACAGAUCUUCUUUUUGGACCGACAUCAACGUGUAAAAUCAAAGUUGAUGUCGAAAUGUUUACACGCGAAAAGCAAAGUAUUGAGUCUAUUAAAUACUGAAUAUAUGUAUGGAU